GCUACCGAAGAAAACCGAUUUUCGUUCAAUGGUUGCAUUGAUUGUAAUAGUUUUCCAAUUUAGUUCAGCUAGUAAUCCUAACCAGAUCAGAUCGGCCUCUCGUCUAUGAGCUGUUUUAAUCUCAAAAAGUUUUAGGUCCACGCGUUCGGAAAUGUUACACAUGUGAUUCCAGUAAUAAUUGAGGUCGUUGUGCUGAUUCUAAAUCGUUUAGCAUCCAGAGGUGACCUGGGAAAAUGGGGGUUUCUCGCAGUACUGUCACCAUUUCAGUACUACUUUUCUUAUCAGUGCUCAGUGCAAUCGAUGGUGGCAUUAUAUCCUAUUUGGAUAUUUUAAGAAGAGUAUCCGGUGUGCGAGGCGAUAUAAGGACAAAUCUGCGUACUAUCAGAAAAUUGGCAGUGCAAAAUGGGUUGAUUAAAGCUGCCAACGAAAGUGUUUCUCCCGUUGCAACUCCAUUCGAACCACCCCACCCCAUAGGAGUAUAUAACGAAUCAAAUUAUGCAGUGACGCCGGUGAACAAAGGUCGUAAAAAAGGAGAUGGAGGCAACAAAGUCGUCAAAGGUGGUGGUGGAGACUUAGGAGAUUUUGGUUUUGGAGAGAGUCCUUACAGUUUACUUGAUGGUACCGGCGGAGUUAGGAAAAAAGGUCGGCGCAGAAAGCACCACAAAAUCAAAGGAUGGAGACGACACAUUAGAAAAGCAAUUCCGAUAGCAUUGGCUGUUCUAGCACUUAAAGCUAUGCUGGUGCACUUUAUACUGAAGAAAUUAGCACUAGCGACCGGAUUAUCGCUACUGCUGAGUGCCAAAUCUUUGCUGGUAUCCCUGUUGAUAGCUGUGAAACUGUGGGUUUCUCAUCCACAAAGCCAUGACAAAAGUGAAAGCAACAAAUUAGAGGUGGUACACAUUCCGAUCCGGAAAGAAACAGGGUUUCACAAGAAAAUUCAGUUACAGAAGGUUCGAUCCAAGGGUAAAUCCAUAGUGAAGCUGGAGAAACCAACGCAGAAAACCCCAAGCUUCAGCCAGUACACUUCCGGAUAUCCGAUCAAACACACCCACCAGCAGAUGGAGGAGUUUGGUGGAAAGUAUAUACCACUGGGCUUCGAAAGCAGUCACUACAAUUUCGACGCAACAACACAACCAACAACUUAUUUGGAUGCCCUACCGGAAACGACUGACCAUGACAACUACUUCGACGUAAAUGAUCUUCAAUUCGCCAGACGAGAAGGUUGGGAUGGAUGGACUGGCUGGAAUCGUGGUGAUGACAGCGAUUCGUACAGUGGCGCAUAUGACCAGAAACAGCAAAUGCUUGACUACAUCCCAAAUGCGAACUAUGGCCGACCAGAUUCGAACAGUAACGCACACGGGGGAUAUAACCAGGACUUUCUUAACUACGACAGUUGGGGAAAAGGAAGUGAUCAACCCAAUUACAAACAAAGAAAUCUUAGUCAAAUGAAGUACAGAAAAAGUUUACUAAAAGAUGCGUAACAAUAUAUUUUACUAUGAUUUCAUUUGAAAUAAAAUGACAAACUUUAUGUGUUUAGUUAGAAGAAUUUAGGGAGAGGUAUUAGCAUUUAGUAAAUGUGGUAUUCCAAGCGAAUGCUUUGUUUGGAAUGGCUGUCACUGGUUUGGUUAAAAAUUCGAUCAGUUAUUCUUUUUGGUUAAAUAUUUUCGUUCAGAAUGUCUCAAAUUUUGAGGUAGAAUCAAUAAGUGUUUUAUUUUUUGCUAAAUCGAAUAAGGUUAAAUCGUGAAAUUGUUACUUCUUUCGUUAUAUAUUACGAAAUGCCUCAAAUAAUUUAUGUUUUCCUCCCAAGAAUGACAAAGGCUCUCCUGGUUGAGUUAAUUGUCAUUAAUUGGUCAAAACCACAUUCAUUAGUCCACGUCACAACAAUUAUCACUUAUUUAUUUAUUUGUUUAUUUAAGAUGCCUGCAAACAUGUCUGACAACAUUUGUUAAUGUGAAAAAUUAUUAAAAUAUAAGCUUUUAGAAGCUACAAAUGAACAACAUCAAAAUUUUCUAUACACCAAGACUAAAAUAAGAAACAACUAGAAAUUCAGUAAUCACCGACUUUCGAUGAAACAUUAGAAUUAAUUUUACCUGAACAAAUAUAUUUAAAUAUGUAUAGAUUUAUCGUACUAGACUCAGUGUCUUGAUACACAAACAAAGGAAGUAAACUUUGAUUCCGAAAUAUUUUUUCAUCGAGUGCUAAACAUUAAGAACGUAUGAAAAGUUUCAAUAAAGCCAAUUUCCACACUA